CUGGCACUGAGUGGGACUGGGGAUUGUGAUUGUGUAUCAUGGUGUAUUCCGUCGCUUGGGAAAUUUUUUAAUAUGCAGGUGGAAAAUGAAGAAAAAGAUUAAAAUAUUGUAAAAGACUGUUCCAAAUUAAUAUAAAAUGGAAGCAGAAACAAGGUGGAUGUUCACAAAGGAACAAAUAGCGAAUACACCGAGUAGGAAAUGCAACAUCGGUGUAGAAUCUGAGUUGCAGAUCAGGCAGCAUGCAGCGAUGUUUGUUCAGGACAUGGCCCAAAGGCUACGCUUUUUAUCGCAAUUAAGCGUCAGCACAGCCAUCGUUUACAUGCAUCGAUUCUACAUGUUCCAUUCUCUGACAAACUUCUGCAAGUACAAGAUAGGGAUCGCUUCUUUGUUUUUGGCAUCAAAAACAGAGGAUGUGCCUCUGAGAAUGGACCACAUUCUAAUACAGGCUCACAGGUUGCUGUACAAAAACGUCGUAAUUGACGCAAGGUCAGAGCAUUAUUUAAAGAUGGCGGAUGAGCUGCUGUUCAACGAGAAUAUUCUUUUGAUAACUCUGGGCUUCGACCUCACGGUUAAGCACCCUCAUGCAGAGGUGGUUAAAGGAUGUACCAUGAUAAGAGCCAGCAAGGAAUUGUCUUCAACUUGCUAUCUUAUGGCAUCUAACAGUUUGCAUUUGACAAUGAUGUGCCUGCAGUACAGUCCCAAAGUUGUUGCCUGUUUCUGCAUACACUUGGCUUCCAAAUGGUCAAACUAUCAGAUUCAGAUAAGUAGGGAUGGAAGACCAUGGUACACAUACGUGGAUAGAAGUGUGACGGAAGAGCUACUUAAGGAAUUAACAGAGGAGUUUCUUCACAUAUUUGAUAAAUGUUCGUCAAAACUUAAGAAAGCCGCGAAACGAGGUCAGAUCAAUCUUGAGUUACAUCAAAAGAAGAAAAAUACAGUGCCCCACAAUGGUCAGCAUAGUCAUCACAGUCAUCAUAAAGAACAUGAUCAUUCUAGUCAAAAUCAAUGGCCAGAGAUUUCAGUCACACAGUUGAUGCCGCGACUGGAAAGUGACCAAAGGUUAUUUGAACCAAAAAUCCCCUUUCCAACGCCUCCCUGCUCGCAAAAGUCGAUCUUGAGUCCAGAGGAAGGCUAUCUUAGAAAUUCACCCAAGGAAUCUCAAGAAUGGAACAAGUCUCAGCCAGAGACUUCACCCUUAUCGCAGGUACCUAUUCCAGUUUUUGCUGUCUCAUCAAUCAAUUCUGUGAUUCCUGUUGCUGCUCCAACUGGUAGAAAGCCAAAUUUGCUCAAGCGACGAGUUUCCGAUGAAGAUAAUUGUUCUCAAAAGCGUCACUGUAGUGCCUCCAAUUUUGAAAAGUCUGCGAUUAUCACAGAAGAAGUAUCUUCCAUUCUGCAGACUGCUGUCGCCUCGCCAGAACUCUAUAAGCCCAGCUUUAACCUUGCGGUUGCAAAUUUCUCCGCCAUAUUUGAUACGAAGUUUGACGAAGAGAUCAAACCUUUCGCCCAAGUUUUCUCAGAACGGACACUGACUUACCAGGCAUCUAUGAAUCUUCCACUUGACAUUUUCGAUAACGAAACAGACAGAGAAAACAAUCUCAUUGAUCCCAUAGUGAAUUUACCGACAAGCAACUUCUCUCUCAUGACCGAGAGAAAGUUACCCCAGAUUGCAAAUCCCUUCGACUCUAAACCAACAUUAACUCUCCAAGCUACUUCGAAUUACUUAGUAAAUAGUUUAGAUUCUAGUCAUGGAAAUCAAGAUUUUUCUAUACCUCAAGUAUUACCUGAAGUGAAACAGGAACCCGAAAGCACGCAAAUCUCAAGCUGUAAACUGCGAAUAAAAAGUGAAAAUGAAAUCCGGAGUGUUAAAAGUGAGUCCCCCACGGUUGAAGUUGAAUCAUUACCGAGUACAGUUAAUUUUUCUGAGCUCCUUUUAGUUCCUCCUGAGGAAAAUAAUGUCAAACGCAAGGACUAUAAGAAAAGUAAGAAAUCAAAGAAGGGCAAGAAAGACAAGAAAGAGAGAAAGCAAAAGAAAAAGGAGAAGGAAAGGAAGAAAGAGAAAAGAAGGAACGAGAGCAACGAUAAUGAGAAUAUCCACAAUGAGAUGCAGGCCCACUUAAUGCCGAUCAAGAUCAGCAUUCCAAAGGAGAAGCUUAAUUUAAACAUAGAUUUACCAAUUGUCUCCGGAAGCAAGAGUAAAUCGCCCGAGAAAGGAAGUUUGAAGAUCAGAAUUUGUAAGAACAGAAUCAGUACCUGCGACACGGAUAAUUCUUUACCCGUUCGAACAGUCCAGACUCCUCUCAAAUUGAAGAUUCUAAUGGAUCCAAGGGUAAUUUGACCGAUGUAAGAAAGGGAACAAAUUAGGGGUCUAGGUACAAAAGGAGAUAACAAACAACAAUUAAUUUUAUAUGACGGCGGAAAUAUGUUCGUAUUUGCAAAUUACUGCAAUAUUCGUUACAAUCAGACAUUCAUUUUUCCGGAAACCCGUGAUAUGUCCUUCCUGAAAAUUUGAGCCAAUAAAAUUAAGUGUUCUGAAGUUAUAGUACCUUGAAGGUAACUGGGGGUGGGGGGGGGGGGGGACUUUGUAAGGCUUGUGAGGUACGAAAGGGAAUAUCUGCCAGUGGCAAGCAAGCAGUGAUCUUUGGAUGGCUAUUUGGAAAUAUAGUUUUUUAAAAUCAUUUUGCCAUAUGGUGGCAUAUCUACGCCAGUUUUAUUCGUGUAUAUUUCUGGUUUUCACUAUCCGAUUGGAAAAACCCUAUCAAUUACAGUAGAAACUAGAUUAUCCGAGGAAAUGCGGGGAAGAGAUAACUCGGAUAAGCGAAAACUCAUAUAAUACGGAUGAAGUACAAAAUUCGGAAGAGGUGUCUAUUUCAUUAUAACUAACGUUGCUCAAGGAAGUCGACAAUAGAGCACUGUUUCAGUAUGCUCAAUCGUUUUUUAGCAGCAAUAUUACCUCGGAUAAUCGACGACCGGAUAAUCGAGGACCGGAUAAUCGAGGUUCUACUGUAUUAUGUUCUGUGGUAGAUUUUCGAAACUCGAUAACUUAAUUGAGAAAAAUCGAUGAAGACCGCAAACAAGUGCGCGUGAACACGUUUUCGCUUUUGCAUAUAAUGUUUUUCAUCAUUCGGGAAAUAACGUCUGUAGAAAACCUCUGCCAAACUCUCUCCUUUUUACCGACAAUCGACAAAUAGCUGAUUUUUAGUCUUGCUUUCACCCCGGAACUUAUGCAGUUAGCACCGAGCUGGACUUUGUUCAUUAAUUUUUCAACAACUAUAAACAAAUUUAAUAUUUUUAAAACUGAUACGUAUUGUGGACAUCCGUUUGUAUGGGAAAUUGGAAAAAAAUGUUGGAUACGCCCUUUUGUAACUAGACCUCUCAAAUGUUUAUACAUUUCUUCGAGUUUUAAAUGGAAUUUAAAAACACCAAAUUGACGACGGGUAAGGUGGCUCUUUAAAUGCAGGCGUACGUAAAUUAAUUUGUAAAUUGACUGAGAGAUUAAUGACUCUUCAAUCUAAGGUAAAUCAAAUUAAAUGCUCUUAUAUUUAGUCAUUAUUAUAUUAAAGGCAGGACCUUUAGCAAAGGAAGAUGCAAUUUCCGUUUCGUUUCAUACAAAGAAACAGGGUAAGGAUUUCACAACAACCUAACUAAGAAAAAAA